CUCUAAGAGGCAGGAACGUCCAAAUAAGUAUGCGUGCACACACACACACACACACACACACACACACACACACACACACACACGUGCCACUCAUUCUCACCUCAUUGUUUGCUAAUAGGGAACUGAUCUACUGAGGUAGUUCCCAUUUUCACAAUAUUGGCUUCCAACAAGUUCAAUGACUCUUCGGGGUUUUAAAGGACAUUGUUACAGUAUCUCAGUCAGUUGCUAAUAUUACAAACCCUUAUCAUCUGAAGUGCCAACACUACUACACUGGGCAUUCCAGAGCCUGAGCAGCGGCUUCAGAAAACUACUGAGAGCUCACAGCCAAUUGGCUGGAAAAUGGACUCCUGGUGUAUCACUGACGAAGACAUGGCAGAGGUCAAGAAGGAAGCGUUGGAGCGUCUCCGUCCGUACCUCUGUGAGAAGCUAGUGGCCGACCGCCACCUGGACUACCUCCGGUCCAGGAGGGUCCUUACGCGGGACGACGCCGAGGACAUCUGCUGCCGGGUGGGGAACAGCAAGAAGACAGGUAGGAUGCUGGACUACUUAGCCGAGAACCCCAUGGGCCUCAACUACCUUGUGGAGUCCAUCCGCCGAGUGAGGACCAAGGACUUUGUCAUUGGGAAGAUCACCAGCGAAGUCGAGGCAGUGAAGGCGGAGAGGAGAGAGGCGGCCAUCUUGUUAGCAGCAGGUAGUUCUUCGCCUGUCUGUAUAUGCAAAGAGAGAACUCCCUUUGUGUCAUUUCAGAGUGACAGUACUGGAUACAAAGGCAGUAGUGAAGCACAGUCCGUCCAAACCUCUCUGUCCAACUCUGAAGACAAGUGGAGUCAAAACGAAGCAUCCUUUUCCUGGAGUGCCCUUCCUGAAGAGGUUAGUGUGUCUUCUUUAGCCAGUCUCCCAAAACCAGGAGAGCAGGGCGCCCCUUCAGUGCCCCUUGAGGACUCAGAGCCUGGGACCUUAGAGUCCGUGAGCAGUGACCAGUUUCACACCCUGUGUUCCUUUUCAACCCCCUUUCUGUGAUGUAAUACAGAAUGCCUGGAUGUCUGGAUUCAAACACAGGUUGGAUUAUAUGGGGACUAUAACGAAAGGGUUAGGUUUUAUUGUGUCAUAACUGUACAUGUUAUCGAAUUUUAUUUUCCGUAUCAUAAAAGCCUACAGUGAAUCCACGAGACGUGGUUUCUAACACGUUUGUUCUAUCAAUAAAAAAAAAAGACUAAACUUUAUUUUGUUAUUCAAAUGAAAAACCUCCUGUACUUCUCAAUCAGGAAAAAAACGGAACUAUUAGAAAAUGGAUGUGUGCCAGAAAGUUGUACUGCUACAGUAUCAGGAAAUUGAGCAGGGCAGAGCUUCCUGUUUCUUUGAGGAACAGUCUCACUUCAUGUCCCUAUUUGAACUUCUGCCAGGCACCCAUAUUCUAUGAAAUGAUCAAAUCAACAUGUUUCUAUGUUUUCUGGGAUUUUAUUUUGAUUCAAGAUGUGCAAUUUUGACAUACUGACGACAACUGUUCAAGGGAAGUUAGUUAGGGACUGUUGGUGUGCAUAUGACUUGGAAGAUUUAAAAAACUAACAAAACAUGUAAAGCUCCAAAAAGGCAUUUCAAUAAAUGUGUCAAUAAA